AUGGCGAAAAGGGAUCGCCGAGCAUCGCAAACCGCCAAGCCGCAGAAGAAGGUGAAGUCGCCAGCGGAGAUCACGGCGGACAAGCUUCGGUACCACAGAGAUUUGGACUCGCGAUGGGCUAUCAUUAGCGAAAACCGGGUCGAGUAUUUUCGCGGCAAGGAUUUCGCAGAUCUUCUUCGCAAGCAUCCCGAACUCGCGACGCCAUUAAUCCCCGCCGAAGAUGCCGCGAGCCUUCGCAAGCCGAUCGAGGAGGCCGUGUUUCACGCGCUCGUGGAGGCUCAGCUGGUGGUGCGCUGCGAUCGAGUGGUGAAGACCCUCAGACCCGGCCGGAAGAAGCUAUCGAAAUGGCCGGCAAGGCUUGAAUUCCACCAGGAUCAAGCCUUCACAGUGGACGAUGGCUUCUAUGCCUGGACAUACGAGCGCCAGCAGCCCAUAUGGCAGACCAUACUCUCCUUCCUGCUCCCGGUCUUCACCGUCGCCUGCUGCCUCUUCCCCGUCUUCCCCCACUGGUGCAAGCUCGCUGUGCUCUACUUCCUCCUAGGGCUCAUCGCCCUCAUCUUCCUGCUCCUAUUUGUGCGGGUGGUGGUAUUUGGAGUCAUCUGGCUGGCUGUGGGCAAGCGCGUCUGGUUCUUCCCCAGCAUCCUAGCAGAGGAGGGCUCGCUCGCAGAGCUCUUCCGCUUCUGGCCGGAUAAGGACGACAAGCCGCCCGCCAAGAUCACCACGCGGCUGGCGGUGGCUGUGAUGCUGGGCUUCACCUUCUGGCUCAUGGUCACAUAUGCUCCUGACCAAGAGCAACGAGCCAAGUACCAGAAGAAAGUCUCCAACAUUAUCGACGACGUCUUACAAUGGCAACCACAGAUGCUUGCAGGCAAGAUAACACCCGCGUCCCCUGUCAAUGCUACUCCAGCCAAUCAGACCUCUGCAAAUGCCACGGCUGACAAUUCAACCACUCCCAGUGCAAGUGCUGAGGCAGCUGACGUCAAGUCAGAUAGCAGCAGUGGUGCCAGUACAGGUAGCAGUGGCAGCUUCGAUGCCACCACUGGCAAGGAGGAUAUGUCUGAACAGUCUCCUGGUGGGGACCAAAGUGGUCAGGCUCACACAGAAGGCAACACUAUGGCUGACGACGAGCCUGUGGAUCCGAAGCCCGAGAUCGAGGAGGGUUGCCGGCCGAAGUGUGUGAAGCAGCUGCUUGCUUACGAGGCCUGUGUGAAGAGGAUCGAAGGCGACGAGACUGGGGAGAAGCAUUGCACUGGCCAGUACUUCGACUACUGGGCGUGCAUUGAUAAAUGCGCUGCUCCAAAAAUCUUUUCCCAGCUAAAGUGA